GUAAACUCCUGCUGUGAUUCAAAAACCAAACAAGGAAUCGUCUCUUAAAUAUCUCUGUUUUCUCUCUUCAAUUAUAUGGUCGCUUCUUAAUUUAGUCUUUAAAAACCAAACAGUACUCUCUUUCUCUUAAUCAUGCAACUCUCCUUGCUUGCUACUCAGCUUGCAGUUUGAAACAUACUGGAAACUUGACUUGCGAAAUAUAAAUCAUCUGAGCACAAUAUAAAAAAAAUAGAGAAACAGAAAUGAAAAAUUUAAGUAAAUUUGCUUCUUCUUCUUCUUCUACUUGUGCAGCAGCAGCAGUUGAUAGGAAAACCAUUGAAAAGAAUAGAAGAAGUCAUAUGAAAUCUCUUUGCUUCAAACUUGUCUCUCUUAUCCCUCCCACUACUAGUACUCAUGAUAACAACAACCAUUCCUCCAAGAAGGAUAUAGCACAGACGGAUCUGAUAGAUCAAGCAGCUAAUUACAUACAAGAAGUGACAAAGAGAAUAGAUAAACUUAAGAGAAAGAAAGAUUUAUUAACAGCAACCACAUUGCCGAAUACUGAUCACUGUGGUGAUCAAGAUAUUAUAACUACCAAUGCUGCUGCUGUUGUUGCUCCUACUUCUACUUGUUCAUUAAAUACAUCUACUGAGAGGGCUGGUAACAGUUUGUUGGAUUUGCCGAUACUUCAAGUAAGGAACUUCGAUAGUACUACUUUGGAAGUAGUUUUCAUAACUGGGAUAAACAAACAUUUCUUGUAUUAUCAACUAAUUACUGUCCUUGAAGAAGAAGGUGCUGAGGUGGUCAAUGCUAGUUUUGCUACUGUUGUUGACAAGAUUUUCUAUACAGUUCAUUCUCAGGUUAGAGCUGGGGUUGAGACUUCAAGGAUAUGUGACAGAUUGAAGAAAUUAGUUUCUUAAGCAUACUUUGUUGCGAACUAAAUGUAGCGAAUUGCAAACAAAACUUAAACUGGAAUUCUGGGUAUUGGAUAAUCGG